GCAGGUCCGAAGCCGGAAGCUGCGCAAGAAACUCCGCCGCACGAGCCUCAAGCGACGUUUGCCCGGCGUGUCUUCACGGUUUGAACACCAGAAACACUUGGAUUCGCACGAAGACACUACAUAUAUUUGUGUGAUGUGUUGAGAUCUGCCCACACUCGUACGGUCAUCGAAAUUCUAUGAAUUUCUUGGCUCAACAUCCCAAGCUUGUCCUGCUUCCAAUGGCCUCCCAAGGAGGCUGCAAUUUUCCCGGACAGCCCAUUGCUGAAGCCACAUCUCCUGGCGAGCUGCUCCGAGAUGAAUCAGUACCUCGAUCAGUGUCUGGAAGACCGCAGGUGGUCGCUUCUCCAAAGGCGGCUGAGAAGGUGCCGCUUCCAGGCACACCUUCGCCUCAAGGCAGUGCAGUACUAACUAGCUCCUUGAGAAUGGCAUCUCGCAGGCCGCCUCCUUUGACUUCCGGGUUUGAACACUCACCCGUUCCAGGCGCAGCUUCGCCUGCUUCACCUGCCUCACCCAAGGGUGGUGCACGAACUACCUCCUUGAGAAUCUUCCGUCAGAAGCCGUUGAGAUGUAGCAUAGAAGAAGCUUGUAGAGGUGAAGUGGAGGACAUGGGUGAAGCAAAGCUCUGCCUUCCCACGGUGCGGAGCACCCUCCUUUCUGCGCUACUGGUCAGUGGCAUGAUAUUCAUUGGCCUUGUUGCACUUAGCGCAUCCGAAGUCGGAAUUUUUGGUCAGAAAAUGGGUUGGUUGACGCUGUUGCUGAGAUUGGUGGGGUGGCUCUUCUUAUUCUACAUCCCGAUCCACUUCAUCUCGAUGCCAUUCACUCGGAACUUUGUUCUCUGGUCUCUUCAACCGGGAGAGAAGUUGACCAGGGCACGUAGCUACGUGGAGACGCCAAACUUGUCGGCGAGGCGGGCAAACUGCUUGCCCUAUGUGAUACACACAGCCUGGAUUUCUGCAUAUACGCUUCUUGUUUGUGUCCACAUUGGUGAGAAGGAACACUUUGGGUUUAUUCCCAUCUACGGCUUGGGGAACCUUCUAAUGAUGCCCAUUGGAAUCGUGACCACUUUGCUUCUGGCACCGCCCACCGUAAGCAGAAGGUAUGCAUUUAGCAUCGGCCCGGCCACGCUGUUAUUGCCGAUCUUGGGAUUUUUGAUCGUGGUGACCAGCUACUCUCUGCUGCGAAGGAGUCUGGGGCCCCAACUGGGCUUGGUGAUUCCUCUCAUCUUGAGUUUCUAUGAGCUCCUUGGAACCUCUCUUGUCUCACGGAUCUUCACGAAGCAGUUUGUGAUCCAGCCUGAGGUGCGAGAGGGCUACACGGGGACGAAUCAAGGCAUAGUCGUGUCUAUGGCCAUUUGCAACCUGCAUGCCAUGGCUGAAGGAGCACGGCUGACCUUGCUGUAUGUGGACCACGUGCAGAACCAGGAUCUCACGAUCCUGAUGCCUAUCAUCAGUGGAGUCUUAUGGAAUGUGAUGGCCCGUUUGGGGGGAUUGGAUCGUCUUCUGCAUAUCAUCACUCGUGGAUGGCGAAGGCCCAACAACAGCAGCAAACUACUGCGAGAGUCCGGCUAUUGUGUGGGAUACUUGCGCUUCGGGGCGGUUGGUGCCAUGUUGCUUGCUCGCCUUUGCAACGGAGUUCCAGUGCCUCUCAAUGGACCAGAGAUGAUUAUUGUGCUCAGCGUGCUGCUGGCAGAAGCGGUAGAGGAUUUGCUGAGCUAUGCUUUGUGGUACAUUGGUGUUGACUUUUCUCCACCAUCUUUGCUGGUGACUGAGCAGGAGGUUGAAGCCAUGGCCACGACGCGGCUCAGCAAGCGCAAGGGUUCCAAGGAGCCGACACGACGAUCCUCCUCGAAGGAGUCGAGCAGCUCGGUGGUACCAACUCUGCCAACACCAACACCAACACCAGCAUCCCUACCUCAUUCCGCACGCGGAAGGACGGCCCCGUUGCCUGACCCGCACGGUGGGCCUCCACCGCGGCCUCUGUCUCCAAGCUCCCCGAAGUCGCCGAAGCCAGAUCGCACUUUGAUGAAGAGCACCUGUUGGAGCACACGAGUGGCCUAUGACUUUCGCUUUCGGAUCGAAGAGUUUGAGAAGAUGCCAUUCUGGGGGCACUUGUUGCCAGCUGCCAUGGCACAGUUUCACACCAUUUUUGCCAUGAUCAUUUUCUCCCAAGGUUUGGAUCACAUGCUGGGGUUCUGCACAGAGGCGGACUCCGGCUUUACUUACGACUCAGCCAUUUUCUGGUGGCCUAUCCAAUAUCCGAAGUGCUGAUGCUUUUCUUUUUUUGGAACAUGUUUGGGAGGCUUCUAUUGUGUACAGCUUGAUGAAGCUGGGCGACGUGGACGAAGAAUCUCUGAAUUUCCUUUUAUCACAUCUGAAUGUCAUUGGUCUCUUACAUGUCUCACUGCAGUGUUGCUGCGCGUUUGAAACAGUGGGUAUAAGUAUUGAAUAGUAUUGACAGAAAGGUCGUCCUGCCAUCUGAGAUUUCUUGCAUGUUGGUAUGAGAGCACCGCACACGAGACAGACAUUUGGGACCAUGUAAAGAGCUUUGCCACCUUGCAAGCCAAAAAAUGGGCUGCCUUCAGCUGCGGAGCCUUUUGGACGCUUCCGAAACCCUGAUCAGAUCGAGUCAUGUUCCCUUAAAACACACAAGACACCACGCCAGCAGAUGAUGAUCUGCAGAUCCAGUCAUGUUCCCUAACCGAACAAAGACACCAAACACCAGAUGAUUCGGC